ACUUGUUGAAAUGGCGUUAAUCGUUGGCGCGCACAAAUCUGAGGAUGUAUUCUUUGAAUUUGAUGAUUUCGAUGAGGACGAGUUGGGAAAAAGUUUUCUUGAAGAAACUUUACAAAGGAUAGAAGACGACUUCAUGGGAAAUCCUAGACAUUACACUCUAUUCACCGGUGCUGCUAGUGGCAGUGAUAUGUUCUGGCAAAAUUUGGGAGCAAAGUACGGUGUUCGCAUAAAAGCGUUUUCCUUUGAGGCACAUGGAGGAAAAAAUACUGCUAGAGUUGUUCUAAGCAACGAACAAUUGAAACAGGCUGAUGAAUUCUUGCUUAAAGCGAACAAAACUUUAAAGAGGCAUUUCCCGACAAGCAACAACUUUGUAAAUAAUUUACUUCGUCGUAAUUGGUACCAAGUGAAAGAUUCAAAUGGUGUGUUUGCCAUUGGCAAACUUAGUGCGAGUCGAAGCAGAGUCGAGGGUGGCACAGGAUGGGCCGUGCAAAUGGCAGUCGAUUCCAAAAAACCCGUGUAUUUGUUCGACAUCGUGAAUAGUUUGUGGCAACAGUUCGAGGAUCGCAAGAGGAAAUUUGUGUAUUGUGAAGCUCCAAGGCUGACUUUAAAUUUUACAGGCAUCGGAACAAGGGCUUUACCAGAGAAUGGAAAAGUUGCUAUUGAAAAAAUAUUCGAAGAAACUUUUGGAUCUCUGUCAAGAUUCAGGAGUUAAUGGUAUGAGGACAUUGUUACUACAAGCGACUGAAUUUUGACAAGGAUACUAGUAAUAGUGAUAAUAUUUAUUAACUUUUAUAAUAAAGUUCACAUAUAAUGCGCGCUGUCAUCGGUUAAAAUAGCGUGCUCUAUCAGAGUACGAGGCAUAAAGCUGAGUUAAAGCUGUCACAUCAUCUGCCAAUGUCCCAUCUUUUCCCAUACUUUGGAACAAGCGAGUUAGCAAAUUGGUAAAAAAAGAACCAGGCAAACUCGAACUAUGUCUUGUGUUACUCCUUACACUUCUUUUGUGUUCUAGCAGCUCCCGGCAUGCUUUACAACAGAACAGAGCACAGUCAAGGCUUCUCUAUUUGUUACAUAUUGUAAUAGUAGUGUAGAUAUUUCCAAACCCUACCCUGAUUCAGCAGUUUCAGUUUAAACCUCCUUAAAGAUUUGUACCACUGGUCUUCUUUGUCACAGGUACCUCUCCCAACAACAGUAACCACUGAGAAAACAUUUUUUAAAUCUUACAUAUUGCAAAGAAAGCCUUGUAUUGUAACUAUGGUAUAAAGAAAUGCUUAUGGUGCAACCUGCUAUAGAUGGCUCAAGGUCCAGACACGUUUGUUAGAGAACAAACUCUGGGAAAACCAUGAGCUUUGUGGAACAGAUAAUAUCCACAGACAAAUGACAAGCUUAUUUUCUAGAAAAGUAUACUUUUGUCAUCCUUAUCCUUUAAAUAUUCUUUACAGUGCACAAAAAAAAAAAAACCACAUACAAUCUGCUAACCUUUGAAAACAGACUUAACUUUUCAUAGCAAAUAUGUGAACUUAAGUAUCUUUUUUCAUAUG